UUUCUCUCUUCUUCAGAGCAGCAGGACUGGAUUAUUAUCACACUGAGAUGCUAUCACUCAGCAUAUUUAUAGUAGACUGUUUGGAUGCAGAGGACAAAACUUCAGACCCUAACCUAGGGAACUCAAUCAAGACGAGACUGACUGCCUCAAGAGGUUUCUAUUUUGAAGAAUGGAGUAUUUCUUCGCGAAGAGAUCCUCAGAGAAUGGCAGCCUGAAUCCCAGCGACUUUAUUGACGACCAUUUGUACUCCUUUGUUUUGCAUGAUUCCUUCAUCGUGCAAGUAGUUACAUACAUUAUCAUUUGUAUCAGUAUUCCGUUGAUCCUGGUGGCCAUUUAUUUGAUAUAUGCUAGUACGGUGCGAAAUGACCAUGUUGCUCCGAUCUACGUCAUCAACCUUCUCAUUUCUGACCUGAUUCAGCUCUGCUGCAUGAUCAUUUGGCAGGCACCAUUGAAGCUUCAGGACCUUUGGUACAUCUUGAAAAUUUACUUCAUUGCUAUGUUGGCCAGUGUUGGCUUCAUGGUGUGUCUGGCCCUGGAAAGGUACGCGGUCAUUGCCCAUCCACUGUGGUACCGCUUCCAACGAACCAUCAAGAUGACUGUGGUGGUCUGUGUCAUAGUCUGGGUGAUUUCCAUUGUCUAUUCCUUGUCAUAUGAUGGACUAUUUGUCAUUGGCCUCCUCCUUCCCUUCCCAGUGAUCAUAUUCUCCCUGGUUGGGACCCUCAGAGCCAUCUCUGCUUCCACCUCAGUCCCCUCUGAUGAAAAACGAAAAAUUGUGGGAAUUUUAGUACUGGUCUUGUUGAUUUACACACUGCUGUUCUUGCCAAGACUCAUUUAUAUCCUGUACUUUAUUCCUGGUUCUCUGUACAUCAUGUCUGAAAUUUUCUUAAGGUUAAGUCCUCUUGCAGAUUUGUUUUUGUAUGUUUUCAUCAGGAAAGGGACCGUAGACAAGCUUUUGGCCUCAGUGUGCUGUUGCAAAAUGGAGAGCAAUGAUACUGAAAGAACGACCACUGGUGGAGGAAGUAGAUCUCUUAGUUAAAGCAUGAACAACAUGUACUUUUGCUUUCUUUUAGGUUGCAGCAGGGCCUUUAUUAAAAUGUACUUACUGCUGGGUAGCUCACAUAUUUGGAUAAAGGAUCAAGGAAUUUGUAUUUUCAUUUAAAUUGUAUUAUAUCAUUGUAUUUUGAUAUGGAUCUGAAUCUGUAAUGUAAAGAAAAAUAGGGUAUUAAAUACUGUAAAUGUCCAACAGUUAUAUAAAUAAUUUUUGACAAUCCAUAUAUUGUGUUAAAAUAUAUUUAUAUUUAUAUUUAGUGUUAAAGAAUCAUAUAUAAGCAAAAAGGAUAAUCAGGAAAAAAAACAGAUGUAGGACGACUCUGGUUGUCUGAGUGAGAGAGGUUGUAUUUGAAUAAGAAAUGUAAGAGAAGCACGUGUACAAAGUGGGAGAAAGUAGCGAGUCAUUACAACAUAACAAGAGUGAACUGGUUUUGCUGACUCAGCAUUUUAAGUCUUGAUCCCUAAACAUAUUCAGAGCUUUCUGGAGGGUUUAGUUUUGCUUUAUGCACAAAAUGUCACAAGAAUAUGAUAUUUUUUCAAUAGUCGAAUGAUAUGGUCUGAUGUGAUUCUCCAAUCAAAACAUCUGAAGAGUGUAAAGUCAUACUAUCUAAAUCCACUGUCAAGAUAUGUUUUAAGUCUGCUCCAGACUCCUGACUCGUGGUUCAUUUCGAUUUCUCUGCUGUGUUCGCCUGCUAGAAAAGAAUAAAUGUUUUGCUGUAUCUGA